CGAACAACAUGUUCAACCGAGUAAAAGCGGAGUAAGUUAAUAAGAAUCAAAAAUAAAGCAUUCGUACCAAGUCGCUUAAAAAUAGCACGCCGCUAACAUCGUGGAUGCAGAGGUGUAACAUUUUAGCUCAGUCUAGCUUACAACAUCGAUAUUGAGAGACGCCGAUCUUAGCGAACUUUUGUCAGCUUUUUUCAAUCGCAAACUCCGAAACCUUCGGCCCAAACAUGGUUUACGAAUCCGAUUUCUACACUACCAGAAGGUACCGAACAUCACCGUCCGUUACCUCCUACACCAUCUCGAAACGCGAGAUUCCCUGGGAGAAAGUGCCCUUCGUCCCGAGGCCGAGUCUGGUCGCCGAUCCAGUGACCGCCUUUGGUAAGAAAAAGCCCGCCGCCGAGAAUCCUUAUGAAGCUAAAGACAAAAGGAGGUCAAUUCUGCACCCUGAAGAGCGGGCUAAAAUUAAACCGAAGGCGUAUCUGGAACCGGUUAAGCCGUACGUUUCAGCACGCGACGCAACCAAGGAGAAAGUAUUCAGCAGCAUCCUGAGGAACCAAAUGUCACCAAACAGCGAGGCGAUGGAUCAUGUACUCCCUAGAAUACAUAAAGUAGCGGAAGUGCCCGAUCUUCCAUAUAAAAAGAGGAUUGCUUGUAAUUCUGAUUUACCACCUGUAUGGUAAAUGUGUUACUAAAAUCGGAUCUAGAGUGAUGGUACCCGACAAAAUAGUAGCGAUUUUCUCAAAAUGUAUGAUAGUAUAAACGGAUUAUAAUCUACAGCCUGAAAGCCAAAUUGAGAGAUAUCUGGACACAUGAGGAUCAUGUUUAACAAAAAGAAAUGGUAUCGAAUAGUACAAUUUGUUGCACAAAUGUUACAAUAAAAUACUGAAGAAGUCGUAACGUUAUCCGAAUCGUCAGACUGACAUUCACACUGAUCAAUGUCAAUUUCAGUCUGACAAUAUUUUCAAAUAAAUUAUCUGCUUUAAGACUUUUAUUCUGAAACUUAUACGACAAAUAGAAAUAGUUGUCAUUGUACAUCACUGUACCUCACAAGUCAUAAAUGUACAAAUAUAUCACAUGUAACACACACAUACAAUAUACUAUUUAAAAUACAGAUGAAAACUCAAUAUAGAUAAGAAAUUCUGAAGUCAAAAAUAAAAAUCCAUAAGCUCGUUGUCUUUCGAAUUAAAAAAUCCUUGAUUGUUUGUUUGUAAGCAUUCAAAUUUAAAGAUCCGAUCCUUAUCGAAAGUUUGAUAAAAUAUUGGGUGCUACAUAUCUUAUACCUUUUUGGAUUUGAAACAGCCUAAAAAGUGGAAUAUUCAAGGUACUAAUACUUCUUGUGUUGUAGUUGUUAUAUUAAAUGCUUUCAUCGGUGCGCAGAUACUAUUUAGCAUACAUUAAUACAUCGUAUAUGUAUAAUGAAGGCAAUGUGGGUAUUCUCAUAUCAUAUUUUAUUACACGAAGGGCACGUCUAUGUAGGGAGAAUAGAUGCAGCCUUUCUGAGCCUUGUUACCAUGCCGACAUUGCAUAAGAUAUGAAAGAAUGACAUAUCGCCAAAUAGGUAUACCAUCUUUAAUGCAUUGCGGUUCAACGCCGUGGAUAAGCUCCUGAUUAGGAACAUAUUUUUUGUAAGUCGUUUGGUUGUCAUAUCAAUAUGUCUGUCCCAUUUUAGUCUUUCAUCGAUAUUAUGUACCGUUGAUUGUUGCACAUUCUAUUCUACAAAUUGUGCUAUUCGAUAACAUGAUGAUGAGUUUCACCAAGUAAAAGCACGUACAAUCUAAAACAUUUGUAAAAAAUAUUAUACAUCAAUAACGCCAACUCCGCUUACUAAAAUCAUUGUUGUCCCAAAGAUAUAUUAUGAUAACAAACAAUAAAUAAAUGCGAUGAUAUAUAAAUUUUCGGAAAAUAAUGGUGGGAAAUUCUCAUAUCAGCUCACAAGCCCUCCUUCAAUUUUUUAGAGCAUUUUCGAAACAGCCUAGAGCAAUGGCUAAUUCAUUACACUUAUUAACUAUUAAACUGUAGUUAUUACACAACUACCACAUUUUAAUUUUAUCCAAUGCCAUUUGAUGUGUGCAACAAAAUCCUGCAAUUUUGAGCUUAUCUAAAUCUAAGCAUUUCAUGACAUAUGAAGAAGUAAUGUCGGGCUCAUAAGUAUGGUUAUUCAACUUAUCUUAACUUAACCUAAUGAUGUUCGCGCUUCCCUUAUUAAAUUAGAUUAGUUUCUGUUAAGUUAGGUGACUUUAUGAUCAUAACAGAUAUCUAACUACGAGUUCUCGGAUAUAAAAAUUCUGGUAACCAUACAUAAUUCGCCACCUCACUCUAGAUCUCGGCCUAGGUAUAGUAGGAUUUUUUAGUUUAAAGUUUCUGAAUAAUGAUGAGAUAAUAUUCAACUACACGUUCGUGAUUGUCUGAUGAAACACAUGAGAAGUCUUGUGCCAACUUUCUGGAAAAGUAAACAUAUCAUCUAAAAAUUAAACUUUUGUUGAAUAGAAUGUUUAGUGGUAAAUGUUAUUGUUGGAGAUAAUCCAAAGUAUGUGUUUCAUCUUUUCAACUUAAUUGUUCCUCGUGCUCAAUUUAUGAGUUUCCAGUUUUUACAAUGUGUUCAGAAGCUAGUAGUAACAGUACACAACUUAUAGCUUGAAAAACGGACGAAAUAGGCAGAUAGUCUUUACAAUGGAAAUAAUGUAACCAUAUAAUAAUAAUAAUAAUGUUGAUUUUCUCAUCUAAUAUAACUUCACUGACAUAGCAGCUCACUUGCGUAUGCAGGAUGUCCCAGAAUAUGUGGUUGUAUACCAUAACUAGCUCUCUAAGCAUUCUCGUAUUUUACAAAACAAAAUAAGGAAUAACAACAUCUGUCAAUUCACUUAUCUUGAAUAGGCUGAGAAUCCAAGGAAGUAAUACUAAAUCGUCAUCAGGAUGCAAUAUUAAUAUUAGGUGAAGUCUGUCAGUCUUAAAAGAGGUGACAAAAUAUUUUGAAAUUCCUGCUGCCUGGAAUGUCUGAACCUGGCUUAUAUCAACUUCAGACAGAAUACCCUAAAAUAAGAUACCAAAGUGGCUAAAAAAGGUUUACCGAACAUUCACUGUAGAGAUAGAGGUAACUAAAAAGUACAGUAUUACACAUUUGUUUUGUAAUCUAAAUCAAUCUAGAAGUUGCCAACAUACUCUGGAACAUCGUGUUUAGCAAAGCUGUGAGCUUAUGAUUUUUUACUAGAAACUGCAGCAGCAAUCAUCUUAAGUGUAUCGUAUAGGUACUGGUCAUUAGUAGCAGCAUGUGGUUAUAUAUGUCGGCGUCAAAUGCUGAAAUCCGUCAUUCCCUGAAAUGCCUAGUCAGUUUCCGUAUUGCCGGCAAACACCGUAAUAGUUUAUUAUUACAACGUUUGACUAAGCAUUUCAGCUAUUCCCAGUAAUGACUGAAGAAUUUCAGUCAAACUCCGUAACAACAACAUAAACCUCGUUACUGCAUUUGCCUGAUUCAGUCAUUCAUUGUACCAGUUUUGUGUUCAUUUGCUUGAUUGAGUACACAUGUUGUCUUUUCUGUGUUUGUAAAGAUGUCGCAGGAUUCAGAAUUGUUUUACAAGAAACUAAGUGAAUACUAUGACAGUGUGAAUCAGAAAAAACAAUUGAAUACAAAUGAGUUAAAGGAGGUAGGUUAUGUUUUAUAGUUUUGUGAACCUAACAUUAUAAAGUACAUAGGCUUGCUCAACAGCAGCAUCCAUUGUUGCCAGAUUUCGCACAUAAAUACUUGAUUAAAAAACAAUAAUGUAAUAAUAAAGACAAGGUUUUAACCUUUCUUCUUUCUUUUUAUUCAUGCUUGAUUCUUUUUUUAAUAUUAUUGAUAAAGGAGUACCUUGUUACAUUAUGUACUUCAUAGGAGCAACACUGUAUUGAUUACAGCGUUUGACUAAAAUAGGCGAAUGCAGUAACGAAGUUAAUGAGGUUGUUACGGUGUUUGACUGAAAUUGUUCAGUCAUUACAGGGAAUGACUGAAAUCCUUAGUCAAACGUUGUAAUAAACAAACUGUUACGGUGUUUGCCGGCAAUACGGGAACUGGGUAGGCAUUUCAGGGAAUGCCGGAUUUCAGCGUUUGACGCCGACAUAUAUACAAUACAACCUGUCUAUGCAUUUCGCUAUAUGUAGUAUUAGAAAAAGUAUUGUUCGCUUACGCUUAUUUUAUUGUGAUACAUACAGCUUCUUCUAACAUAGACUAUAUUGUUUUAGUGUUAAUAUUUUUUUAUAACAUCUUUAUGGCUUCACAAUAAACUUCUGUUUGGAGUAAUAAUGCGCUUUUCUGAUCAAAAAUCGAUGGUUGUUACACAUUGAGAUACACAUAUACAAGAGACACAGUAUUAACAAUAUUU